AUGAGAAGAACAGAUGCUGAAAGACUAGAGUAUGUCGACUCCAUUGCAAGGAAAUUUCAAGCUGAAGAGAAUGCUAAAGUUGAUGCUAAGAAAGAGCAGAACACUAUAACUCAAGGCGAGGUUGUAAGAGACAGAAGAGGUCACGGUGUAGCAAUCGGUACCAGAUCUAAGCGAAUGCCAACUAAUGAUGAAAACCCAAGGCCAACUAAAAGAGGCGGAGGUCGUAGAGGUGGUGAUCGCGGAGGUCGCAGCGGUGGUGAUCGCAGAGACCGAAGUUCGGGCAGCGGUCGUGGUGGGCGAACUGGUGGAAGUGGUCAUGGUGGACGCUGUCUUCCUCCGUUCCAAAACCUGCUAACUGGUGAGGGGGUGAGCGGUGAAGGAUUCACCUAUCCAAUUGAUCCUCAAGUAAAAAGGGAUGGCCAAUAA